AUGGAUAACUUGGAACGACUGAAGAAGAUGCGAGCUUCCAGCCGAGCGACUGUGACGCGUAUCAUCAACGAUUUGAAGACCCUCAUAGCUACAUCGCCCCACGAUCCUGCUCAGCUUACUGCGAAGCUUACGUUUCUCGAAACAAAAGCAUCAACCUUGACUCAGCUCAACCAAGAGAUCCAGGCCCUUAUCGACGAAGCAUCUUUGGAAGCAGAAUGCGAGGCCUGCGAUCAGUACUCGGAAUCUAUUAUCACUAUCUCGGUUCAAGUCCGUGAAGCUCUGAACACCGCUCUCGGUGUCACGAGACUGGCAUCCGCUCAGGUCGGCGGUGCUCCACAGCCUUCGUCUGCUACAUCUCAAGGCGUGGGCCCUCCUGCAGACGGCGUCAAAUUGCCGAAGUUGCGGAUUGACUCCUUUUCUGGUGAGCUGUCUCAGUGGCAAGGUUUCUGGGAUCAGUUUCGUGUCAGUAUUCAUGAGAACCCCAGACUUUCUAACGUCAACAAGUUCAAAUAUUUGAUCUCGCUCGUCACCGGACCCGCUGCUCGAGCGAUAGAGGGGCUAUCACUCAGGGACGAGAACUACGUUACGGCCGUCGAUAUCCUCAAGGCACGGUUUGGCAAGACUGAGCUUUUGGUGAGCGACCACUUGGAUUCUUUGUUCGACUUGCCUCCUGUGAAGUCUAUUGAUGAUAUCAGAAGUUUGAGAAAGUUCCAUGAAGCCGUUACGGUUCGAAUUCGGAAUCUUCAGAGUCUGGGUGUAUCACGAAGCCAAUAUUCGAUUACCAUUUUCCGGACAAUUCUUCGGAAGAUACCUUCACCACUUGAGUUGGAAUACUACCGUGUGAACAGAACGGACUCUGCAACCGCCUCGACAGCCACGUCGACGGCCGAUGAUCUGUCAUCACUUUUGGAUUUCCUUGAAAAAGAAAUUGAGUUUCGAGAACGGGUCCGCAGGCCGACAGCUUCGUCUAAGGAGGAUACUGCUGAUCGCCGCAACAAGAGAAUGGUGUUCCUCAAGGAUCAGGCGUGA